GCCGCCACAGGAUCAGAUCAUUAGUUCCAAAAAAUGGGCUGGCACAGGAUCAGCCCAUUAAUUCCAAAAUGGGCCGGCACUGGAUCAGCCAUUACUACCUAACCUACUAAAUUCCCGUUGAACACCGUUCUAGGGUUUGGUUGCAGUACCAGAAGUCCAGUGUCUAUGUACACAAUAGACUUCAAUUUCUUCUUCAAAGGCUGCGUUUCGAUCGAUCUUUGGGUUCAAGAAUCGAAUCAAUCAGAAUGUCUGAAAGCAAGGCAGUGAUUGGUCUCUCAUGGGAGCCAAAGCUGUCUCUCCUCUCGUCAGCACCCAAAAAUGGGUCUGACAAAUCUGAAAAUGUGGCUGAAAACAGUGGUGCUAGCCUAUGGAAACCUGAUAGCGAGCUCGUUGAUGGACUGUUUGUUCCUCCUAACAACCCUAGGAAGGUGAACAAACUGCUCAGAAAACAAGUUAAAGACACAACCGGCACCAAGUGGUUUGACAUGCCUGCACCAACCAUCACUCCAGAGUUGAAAAAAGAUCUCCAGUUACUGAAGCUGAGAAGUGCAAUUGAUCCAAAGAGGCACUACAAGAAGAGUGAUUCAAAAUCGAAGACAUUGCCCAAAUAUUUUCAGGUGGGCACAGUGAUAGAGUCCGCAUCAGACUUCUUCUCUGGUAGACUCACAAAGAAGGAGAGGAAGGCAUCCCUGGCUGAUGAGCUGCUUUCUAAUAGUUCCUUUGCAGACUACAGGAAGCGCAAGGUUCGAGAGAUUGAAGAACAAAAUCGACCAGCUGGGGUUGACAAAUGGAAGAUAAAGGGCCGCCAAUCAUGGAAACGUAAAAAGCAGAGAAGGCAUUGAUGAUUCCCUCAUUUUUGUUCAGAUUUGCAAACAACAUGCAGCACAUCAAAGUCCAGCAUUUUGUUUUGUAUUCCUUUUUUUCCUUAUUUCUUUUGUGGGGUGGGAGCAGGGGUGGUAUGUGAGUUUCAAGCUCGUAAUGACAUUGGUUCUGUAGAAGUAAAUAGCUCUUGAGUGUUAAACAUCAUGGUUGAUGAGAAGUAAAUUGCUAUUAUUAAUAUGAUUAUGGGUUUACAAUUUCAAGAUCA